AUGGAACCGUUCCCUGAUCAUUCCCAUGGACUACCCAAACCGCGGCCAAUACGUUCGGAUGUGUCCGAACCCAACUCGGCUCCACGAGUGAGCUCGAAUCCGGAGAGCACCUCCUCCAAGAGACCGCACCGUCACAGUCCUCCCCAUCACCACCACAGACAUCAUCGCCACGGUUCCCGGCAUGCGAGAAGCGUCGUACAAUCCGCAACUCAGCUGUACCCCCCGACGAGCUUUGGGGAUCUCUUGAAACAAGUCAGUCGCAGCAGGAAUACGUCUCCCACUCGCAACCAGCGAGCCCGCGUGGAAGGGCUGGAUGCCCACCGAGAGGUGGAAGCAAACGCCCGGCGAUUAAAGCCUGCAAGCGCUGAGGAUGUCGCCAGAGAGCAGGCCAAGGCCGAGUCUCGCGAAGAGGCUCUCCUCUCCUUGCUACACAGCUUGUCCGACAAGUCUUUGAAGACAUCCCGCCGGCUCGAUGACACAUACUACUCAAUCUUGGAGAAACUUUCCGUCUUGCGGCAAACGAUCGGUAGCCUCCAGGAGCUCUCCGGCUUGACCAAAGAACUACAUGAUACCUUUCUCUUCGAUACAAAUCAGCUUACCAAUGAGAUACAAGGGCAAAUCAAGAACUUUGGUAAUUUCGAUGCACAAGACGCCCAGGUCAAGAACCUUCAAGAAAGGAUUCAGGCCGGUAAAGAAAAGGCGGAUGCAUUGAUGGGUCGGCUCGCAGAGGCCCGAAGACGGGUCAAAGCUCGAGCCGAAUCGGAUGCGGAAGGGGAGGCACGCACAAAUCGGCGGUUCCGCACCUUCUGGGGAAUGCUUGGUGCGAUUGCGUGCGUUGUGUUUAUUAUUGCUAUUUUUCAACGGUUCAAUCCGACAUCGGUCAGCGACGAGAGACAGCAGGAAUUUGAAUCUGGCGUAAGACGCGCGCUCGCGGAUGCUCCGAUUGCAGAUGAAACGAAAGAAGCGAUCAUUAGUCCAAUCCCUGUCCGAGAAAACGAACCUCGUAUUCAACCUCCGUCCGCUCCGUCGGAUCGGAAGGAAGACGGAUGGACGAGGGUCUUCGAUGAGCUCUAG